AUGGACGACCGCGAUCGAAGCAGCAUGGAGGGCACCGUGCAGUACGUCCCGCCCGAGUUGGCGUAUCCGGAGGGUCCUCUUGUCAAAAGCGACGAUGCGGCUGACCAGGGUCAUACCGUCUCCGACUCGGCUGCCUCGCCUUCUCCCAUCGCCUAUCAGGACCAAGGAAGCAACACCGCCGGCGACAUCACCAUCGACGAGGACGACCGUGCUCUCUACCAGUUGCUUCGUUACCAAGUCGAUCCUGAGAUCUUCUCGACCUCUUCUGACCCCCAGCCUACCGGAUCAGUGCCCACACCCUUUCCCUACCCUGUUGUGGGCGCGAGCGUUCCCAGUUACAUCGCCGGCAACAACAACACAGGCCAGCCUGGAGUAUUUGCCUCCCCCUCUUCCAACAACGCCUCCUUGGACACUCAUGGUUACUUUCAUUCGACCGGUUUUACGAAUGCUGCUUCUAGCAACAACCUCAACCUCAACGCCCCAGUUGCUGCUAUGACCACUGCCCCUACCGGCACCGCGUCUUUAAACAUGAACGCCGUCUCUACCAACACUGCGCUCGCCAAUGCCCCUCCUGUCAACGCCGCUCCUGUCAACGCCGCUCCUGUCAACGCCGCUCCUGUCAACGCCGCUCCUGUCAACGCCGCUCCUGUCAACGCCGCUCCUGUCAACGUCGCCCCAGCCAACACCGGCCCCGUCACCGUCGCUUACCAGGGACAUCCCCUCUACAGCCGCCGCCGCCGGAACCGCAUCGGCACUCGCGGCUGCCACGUGAACAGCAGCGGCAUUGACCGGCCCGACCCUCCAGAGCCGCUCCCCAUCCCUGGACCUCCGGCCGGAGCCCCUCCCGGCGUGACCUAUCCUCUCUCUCGAAUGGCAUACAUGCCUCCUGGAACCCCUUUCUACACCAGCAGCGGCCAGAAGCGAUUUCCAUGUAACCGGUGCGGUCUCGUGCGAUCCAGAGAAGAUGAAACUCGAUUUCAUCUUCGUGAUGUUCACUACCGUGAGGAGUAUGAGUGGAUUCAUUACGGAAAUCAUGAGCAGGGCUUAUACUACUUCGGCAUCGACCAGUCUAACAUGGACUGCCCUAACAUUUAG